AUGGGGCUGGAGCUGAAAUGGUCGCUUAAAGCUGUGGGCGAGGGCUUGGUGGAGGAUUUCGGGGUGCUGGUCCCUGGUCCAGCUGAUGUGGAUAAUCAUAAACUCAAGCUGUACGUUUGCACGGCUGCCCUGUGGGUCCCGUGCCGGGGCAGGCACCAAGGUGCGGUGAUAACAGAGUCCAUGGACUGCAACAGGAGAGCUGGCUUCUACUACGACAAGCUCCUGAAAAAAUGCAUCAACUGCACCACGGUCUGCGGGCAGCACCCCAAGCAAUGCGCCCCGUCCUGCGAAGAUCGCCUGGUGGAAGCGGGCAGCGUUGGUGAUGGAUCCACCGGCAGCAGGGUCCCAGAGCCAGUGGAAACCUGUGGCUUCUGCUUCCCUGGCCACGGCUCUGCUGUACAAGAGACCAAAUCGUGCCACAGCACCUCCUAUCACAUAGGGGAAAGAGCUGCUCCCUCUCACACCGGGAUAUGCAGCACGGGAAGUGCUGGGGCCAUUCCCAGCCCUGAUGACGGCCACUUCAAAAUCAUAUGUUCUCCUUCACAAGAGAAGACGCUCACGGCAUGACCGGAGUGAACGUGCCUGCACAGGAUGAGCACAGAGGGAUGCUCCCUCCACCCC